AUGGAGCAUACCGCCAACCACUUUCGCUACACGCCCUUGAGGAAGAAAUGUAUACGCCUGGUCAAGUUUGGCUCAAGAACCACCCACGAGCGCAUCCACCUCACUCUGAUGGAAAAUGUUUCGUACGACGACACCACCUUGAGCGAAAAUAAGCGGCGAAAGUACAUUGCUCUUUCCUACUGCUGGGGCGAUCCGAACGGUAGAGUAGCCAUCAAGCUGAAUGGACGCAAUUUCGAGAUCACUCGUAGUCUGCACGCAGCGCUGGUCGCCAUCUGGGCACACCACCGGGUCUUCGAUGCAUACUGGAUUGACGCGAUAUGUAUUGAUCAAGGAAACGUACGGGAGCGCAACGUGCAAGUGGCGCGGAUGUGGCAGAUCUUUCGCUACGCAACCAGGGUGUUUGCAUGGCUGGGAGACGAAGACGCAUCAAUGGUCUCGCUGGCUCGGAGAUUUGACUGCAUUCACCACCAACUUCCUGAGAGGCUGGAAGCAGAACCUCCGGGGGGAGAUCAGUGGAGCACGGAGGAUCCCAUCGAUUUCAUGGUCCACACCUUACUGAGGAAUCCCUACUUCUCACGCACCUGGAUCCUGACCGAGUUCACACAGGCCAAGCGCCUUGAUCUUGUCUGCGGAUCUAUGCGAUGUGACUUCCAACACAUUGACGCUCUUCUGGACAUGGAAGAGGAUACCACAGUGAAGAGGACGAACUCUGCAAUACAUAACCGCCAUCGAUUUUCGAGAUUCAGCAAGGAGUACCUCACGGGCCGUUAUGAUGAGAGUAAACAGUUGCAAGCAUUGGAAGAUUGCAUCAUAUCCUACUCGAUGACAAGUUGCCAGAAUCCAAGAGACAAGGUCUUUGCGAUGUUGAAUCAUCCUUCCAACACAAUCCGCCCACGAGGCAGCCGAGCGCGUCAUUUACGACCAGACUACUCAAUGGACGAGGACGAGCUCCUGGUACGUACUGUGGCGUGGAUCAAUGACACCUGCGAAGAUUUUGAGAGAGGCAAAGAGUUCCAGAAGGGGCGCCACAACGAGAUCGAUCUUGGGGUCAACACGCCUAGGAUCGCAUCAUAUGUCGUGGAUGCACUUGGAGUUGGAACGGAUGUGGUAGAUGAACGAGCAUUUGACACUUGGUUGGUUGCUCAUCACGACUGGGUUUGUCUACCUUGUCGAAUUAGAUUACUGGAUGGGACUUCCGUGCUACGCGAUCAAUUGCUCGGUACCUUUCUAUUCAGCGCGGCCCGCAAACUAGAGUAG